AUGCCUCCGAGGGCAGUGACCUGUCUCAGGAAGUUGGCAUGGACGUGGGAAUCGCACAGCUCUAUUCUGGUUGUCAUCAAUUCAUCUGCAGGGUGCGCUGCUUUUGCGAUCGAGGUCACUCCAAAAUCAGUUGCCACCAGGAAGAGCCUCAAAGUGGCAACGCAUGGAGGUGAUCUUGACCUCGAAGAGUUUAUUCUUGCGACGGCUUCGAUGCCGGUGGCCUCACUCAGAGGGGGCAAAGAUGGCCGCACGGGGCUGCCACCCUGCCGCGGCGCCCACAUGAAAAGUGCCGACCCAGAGGAAAUGACCUCAAGCAAGAAUCUGGGUCGGUACGCGACUCCUUCAUGUGGAGUCAGCAAGACCAAGAGCACAGGCUCGCAAACGCCUCGGCGACACUCCGAAGCUCCCAAACCCACAGGUCUGUCUCCUUCGCCGCCCACUUCACCACACAGUGGACGACCUCGAGGAUCAGUAAAAAGGUCGCCGAAAGCAGCGGAAGUCAAGAACCUCAGUACAGAGAAGCUAGGGGUCAUUCUCCGAAGACGGAGAGACCCUCUGGAUCCAUCCGAUGGAGAUCAAGAUGACGAUGAGGAGUCCGGCGACCUUGGGAUGGCGAUGACCAAAGCCAAGACGGACAUGCCAAGGUCGUUUCACAAUGAUGACCUGCCGGAGGUAGAGGUAAGAAAGAUGCCGAGCAAGCAGGAGCAGCUGGUUUCCAGGCUGCUCGACGAGCAGGAGGUUGCUAUGAGUCGAACAGACGGCUGCGCGCUUGGAGGCACCCGUGACCAGAAGAACAAGAAGAGGCUAGAUGGGCGCCGCAGGUCACGGGAAUUGCAGGCCCUCUUAAACUCCAUGGAAAACCAAGAUGGAACGACGGCCGUGGGGGAUGAAGUGCCUCAUUACGAUUCGGGAAUGGACCAUGUGCAGAACAAGGAGGAUAAUUAUUGGAGUGCGAUGUGGCAGAUGACGAAAGAUAUGAUGAAUGACGAUCCCAAGGAGGACGAGCAAUUGCCGACAAUUCAGAUCUCAGAACCUCGCCUCGAGAUCCUGGCAGGGCUCUAG